UGCAACUAUGUUAUUCCUUCACGUGUAGCGUAGUUUUUGCCAACCAAACACAUGUUGUUUGUUUUGAUUUUAGCGCGUAAUGUUUGCUUUUUGAAUAAUUAUAGAAUUGUGUGUUAAAAGUUAAAAUAUAAUGGCUUCCAACAAGCUGGAAUACGAUUCUAAACUGGGUGGUUCAGUGAGUUUGCCCACGCAUGUACAAACAUUUCGCUAUGCCGCCAAUGUUGUGCAGGAAAUGCGUCAACUUAUUGAUGAAGUGCGCAAUCCAGUCAGCCGCAAAUUGGUCUUCCAAACUUUGCCCAAACACAUGCGUCGACGCGCCAUGUCGCACCACCCUAAGCGUUUGCCACGCAAAUAUCGCGCCGCACAUCGUUCGCAAAUGGCCAAAGCGGGUAAACCGCAGCAAACAAAGCGUCCUUCGCGUAAAUUUCGACGCCGGCCAGGUAAUCUAUUACGCGAUUACUUGAGACGUCAGCGCAAGAAUAUUUGGCUAGAAACACAUAUAUGGCAUGCGAAACGCUUUCACAUGGUCGAACGUUGGGGCUACAAGUUACCGCAGUCGAGCUGUGAUAAAACAUACAGGUCAUGUUACCGCGCCUCAGCGGAACAUUGUUUAUUGCAGGAUAUGUCGUUUUAUGCUUGCAUAGAAGUGAAGGGAAAAUUGGCAGAUUUGCGUGUAGGUUUUGCCAGAUUAAGCAGCACGCGUUGUGGUUUUAGUAUUGCUGCCAAAACAUAUCUCACUGGACGUAGAGAAGGCAGCAUCGACUUAUUUAGAGAUGGCAAAUAUCCGGAAAAUGCGCUGGGACGCUUUUCAUUCAUGUGGCAACCAGUAAAUUGUGAUGAGACUACAGAUGAGGAGCAAAUUCUACGUACCUUAUGGCUUUGGGUACAUCCAAGCGCAUAUCUAGCGGUAUUGGAGGAACUAAUCAAAGUAUUCGAAGUAAGCGCUUUAAAUAGCAUUAAAGUGCCUAUAGAAACGGAUGAAACAACCAGUCAAUGUAGUAGCGAGUUGUCAGCAGAUAAUAAAUCAACCAAAGAAUUAAAACCUAAAGAAUUGCGUCGCUUACAAUUCAUGACGAAAACUUUAGCCUUUGAGCAUAUAAAAAGAUAUGGUAAUUCCAAAACCGGCGUUGAAAUUAACGAAUUGAAGGAUACAAUGAAUCGCUUCCGGCUCACGGGUCAUCUCGCACAAAGUGUGCUGCUACACACAUUCAAGCCGAAACAGUUGAACGAGGACACUCCAACCACCUGGCUACAUACUUUAUUUGCACAAAAUCCAAUUUUUAAAAGCUUCCACGAAAACCAAUUGGAAUUUUGGCAGAACUGUAGUGAUGUGGGUUCACCUGGUGAACUACUCUCCAACAUGAUACUAGCGCUAAACAUUGAAGAUCCACGCUUGAAUCGCCCAAAGAAACGUACGAAAGCACAACCACACGAACCUUUAAGCGCUAGCAACACAGAUUUUCUGCUCAAAAUGCCUGAUAAGUUGGCGCAAAGUGUGCUAUGGAAUACUAAAAUACGCGAUGGCCUGUGUAAAAGCAUGAUAACACCCAGUGAGUAUAGCAAAUUGCGCGCCAAACAUGCUGUAGUGCCAGGUGUGCGCUGUCAAUUCGAAGAGGAGAUGCAAGCAGUGCCUGUCAUACUGAUACAACGCCCCGGUUCACAGCGGCCACAAUAUAAACGUCUGGGUUACGGUUGUGGUUGGGAUGUGAUAGCGCCCGCUGGUUAUGGUAUGCCUAUUUGGUUAUCGCUUAUUAUGUGGGGCGCUAAACCCGGUGGUUUACGUGAAUUCGAAUCAAUAGCACGCGAGCUGGGCACAGAGGAGUACUUGCCCGACACAAUUGCUGGUCGCGUGCUGGCUAAUACACGUCAUCAAGAAUUGCGCGCCAAAUAUUUUCGCAAACCGCCAAAUAGACGUCAAAACUAUCAGAAAUUGGCAAUAGUUAGUCCCUUUCGCGCGCCAUUUGCCGAACUAAUACGUGAUUGGCGCACCAAUGAAGCAGCACAGAGUAGCGCUGUAUCCCACAAUUUUCACAUACUUCGCGAUCGCACGCUGCUACAACAACUACUGCUGCAUAUACAAGGAAAGUGCAAGACAUUUCCCAAUGAAAUGCCCGAUAAUUGCUUAAUACAGUUGCACUUUCGCAUGAAAACGCGUGGCAAUUUAGAAGACUACUCGUUGAUUUGCCUGCCUACACGCGGCGAUUUCAAGCGCAAUCUCAAACAGAUUAAGAAAACAAAUCAUGAACCCAUCUUCACUGAACCGCCGCUGCCGGAUUUGGUCGAACGUGAACGCAAGCAGCUGCGUAAAACGCAUAAGAAGCUAUUGAAACGUUUACGCGCGCGACGUAUGCGUGAAAAGCGUAAACUGCAGGAGACAAGCACUACGCGCGUACACAUCAGACCCGCCAACACAGCCACACUCGUGGCAGCGCAGCUAGAGCGCAUGUGCAAAUUGUGGUUGCCGGAGGAUCUCUCUACACUCUAUACGGUGCGCAAGCAAUGCCAACGUGAAGUUUUCGGCUAUGCCACCACAGCGCAUUUCAGUUAUACCGAGGCUACAGUCUGCGCGGUGGGCUACGUAACGCCGGCCGGUUUGAAACAAUUGCUCACAUUAUGUGCGCAGUGUAAUGUACGCCAACCAAUGUGCCUGAUGCGCAAUCCAAGAAGUCGUCACUACCGUUUCGCUAGCUUUAAGCUCAAUUUGGAUGUUUGAUUGUAUGAAUUGAUAGAUUUUAGUAUGGAUUUGUGGUAUUUAAUAUAUUGCAUUUUUGUAUUUUAUUAA